CAUGAAUUAGGCCAAACUGAAUCAGCUGAUUGUGGUGUGUGUUCGACAUUUUGGAGACGUCCUAACAGAUUUUGGAUUUGGACUUGGACUGGUGAACAAGAUGCAGUCUCUCCGCUCAGUGGGUGUCCAAUGGACCAAAACCGCCAAUGUGCUCGGCCAAAAGGCUGUGCCAGUUUGCAGUCAGAUCCGGUUGGCCCACACGGAUAUGGAGGUGCCUGACUUCACCUAUUACCGUCGCUCCUCGACCAAGGACAGUACCGCCAAGAAUCGCGAGUCCCACGCCAACCGCAAUGGUUUCGCUUACUUGAUGACGGCCGGAGCGGCCAUUCCCUCCGUGUACGGUGCUACCAAGUUCGUCAACGUGUUCAUUUCGAACUUGUCGCCCUCGCGCGAUGUCUUGGCCAUGGCCAAGAUUGAAGUCAAACUGUCCGAUAUUCCCGAGGGCAAGAAUAUGACCUUCAAAUGGCGAGGCAAGCCCCUUUUCGUCCGACAUAGGACCAGCGCCGAAAUUGACACGGAGAAUAAAGUGGACGCCACGUCGUUGCGCGAUCCUCAAACCGACGAAGAGCGCGUUAAGGACCCCAAGUUCUUGAUUGUGAUCGGUGUGUGCACUCACUUGGGUUGUGUGCCUAUUGCCAACGCCGGUCAAUUUGGGGGCUACUACUGCCCUUGCCAUGGUUCCCAUUACGACGCUUCCGGUCGGAUCCGUAAGGGACCGGCUCCCCUCAAUUUGGAGGUGCCCGAAUACGAAUUUCCCGAGGAAGGCAUGGUCAUUGUGGGAUAAACAACAAAAUCCCCACAACGGACGGGGCUCUAUAUUCAAUCUUAUAAAAUGUAUGUUAUCAACCAUCAUUUCAGAAAUAGAAACUAUCGAUGAACACCAA